UUGAACAUGUGGGAUUGUUUACAAGAGCUUGUCAAAAACGAAAAUGGAUCUGACAGAUAUUGAUGUGGCACCCUCCUACCUGAUGCUAGGAUGUGUCAACAUCUGAAGGGCAGACGGUCGCAUAUCAUUUUUCUCUUGGAUCAGCUGCUGACCGUCCAUGAUGGACAACCUGUCAGAUCUGAUGAGCUGCUGUCGCGGCCUGGACACGGACAAGGUUACAGAAAGGAAAAAAAGUGUUGAGAAGCUGAGACAGUUGCUCGAUAAAAAUUCUGUGAUCAAGAGUUUGGACCGGAACACAGAUGAAAAAUGUGCCAGGAACAAUAAUCGCCUCAUAACAUGGGAUGAUGUCUUCAUGAAGGGCGUGGUGUUGUACAUCCGUCUGGAAACUGCAGCUCUUCAGAAGGCCAAAGAGAGUGUCAGUGCAGCAGCCAAGCUCAAUAAGGAGAAGAAGAAGCAAGAGAUUAGUGGAUUCUUCAAGUUCUUUGUCAGAGUGGCUGAUAAACGUGGGCCUCGCCUGAAGUGUUCCAAUGUCCUGAGUCACAUCAACGAGAUCCUGGAAGACGACUACACCUGCGCUGCCUAUGGGUUGGAUUACAGCACCAUCCUGCUGAAGAAUGUCCUGCCUGUCCGCAAGUAUUGGGUCGACAUCAAGUCAAGAUCCUGGCAUGACUUGCUUCUGCGGUACUGUCGUCUGUACCUGGACCCCGACUGCAGCAUCGACCGAGUGGUCCUCGUCAGACUUGUCCGUACCAUCAUCAGCGGAGUGGCAAGACAGUGUGAUCUGCUGCACAGAAACAUGCUGGGCUUCUUUACUGAAGUCUUCAAGAACAUAAGACAGGAACCUCGGACCCAAGUGCUGGAGCAUCUGUUGUCAGCACUGAAUGUGUUCGUCAGGAAGAUAGCACCAAGCUGCAGGAUCCAGAUCUGUAAACUGGGAGAGACCAUCUUCAUCAACCUCCUGUAUCUGUGGAACAACAGGCCCACCGACCUCAUCAAGGAUGAGAUUGUGGAGUUCCUGAGGCUACAGAUGCAGGCCCAUCACCCAGGGGGAGUGAAGACGCCCGAGACUGGGGAGUUCACCCUGGACAAGGAGCUGUGGAGGAGCCACCUACGGAAGUUGUAUGAAGUGAUGUACACGGACCUGCAGGAGAUGGGAGGACGGAACAGGUUCACAACUGGAACAAGGGAAGCCGUGUUGAAGGCAGCGUAUGUGGAUCUGGCUGCUGAUGUCUGCAACCAGCUGUUCACAGAGUCCUCCCAGACCAUCGAGGUGACUCAGAUGUCCAUGCUGGGGGACGGGGACACGCCCAGGAAGAAGAGGAGGCUGGAGAGUGGCUGGACCGUCGUCCGAGACACCAUGUACAACACUGGCUGCUCUCACCAAGUCAUACCAUGGUUGCAGCUGGUAACACGUCUUGUUGAGAAGUACCCUUCCAGUGUCCCAGAGGAUGAGUUACUUCCCUUGCUUCAAUGUCUCCACAAGCUGCUGAAUGACUGCAGAAGGAGUGAGAUACUCAGGCACAUUUUCCAGUGUCUGAUUGUAUUGGUGAGCAGCUACACAUCCUUCACACACAUCACCAUGGCAACAGUCAACUCAACAAGGGACAUCUGGCAGACAAUAUGGUCGUCAACACUCAGGUCCAUGAGCUCCCACCAGGCUGAAGCAGAGGGCUACCAACAGCCGGGGUUCAACCUCCUCGCUGCCAUCGUUCACCAGGAGUUUGUCUGUCCUGAGAAAGACGUUUGGAACCUCUUCCUGCCCAAUGUCUCCUCCCCAAACAUGGCUUCCAUCCACUUCCUGUCCGUCUGUCUCAGUCUUCAUGACCUGCCCGAAAACCAUCAGCCCAGUAUUCUUGGUUCAAACUUCACCGCUGUCAAGGGCUCCUACACCUUGAGAAAGCAUCUCUUUGAUUGGCUGAUUCCAAAAAGAGACGUUUCUGAUGUGCCCAAAGUUUGUAAGAUUGAUCCAGUAGUGAUGAGUCAGGUGCUAGUUGCUUUGACUGUCCGAAAUCCUGGGUCAGUUAUACCUGUUGAGUCGGCAUCCGGCGUCCGGCAUUGGACAGAGUUGGAGAGGAUUUAUCUAGAGACAUCCUUCGACUGUGAAAUGAGGAUAGAAAAAGUGUUUCGGGCGUCAGGAGAGAAGGGCGUGAAAGAUGAAGUGGCAGUUGUUCCAAGUUUGUUGGAGACAUUGAAACAAGUCUUCACAAGAGAAGCGUCCCACUUUCAGACUGUCUUGGAGCCACAGCAACAAACUCUGGAUCACAUCAUUACCUGUUCAUCAGUGCUUACGAAAUGCAUCCACCUCGUCCUUGACACAGGAGUUGCCUCCCCUGCCAUGCUAGCCGACACAGGUCUCGAGGCCUGCCUGAAGACUCUUUUGAGGAGGAUGGCCUCCUUCUUGUCGGACUAUGUGAAGAAAGGCGGGAGUGGCCAGAUGCUGCCGAUCAUUCAGAUGCUGCAGACCCUCUUCCCCCGAACUGAGCAGAACACUCAAGGAUGUUACAUGGUUUCGGAGCUGCUCCGAUCUCUGCUUCCUGAGAGCUUCUUUGAUCUCAUGUUUGAAAUUGCAUUUAGUAAGCUGCAACGCUCCAACAGCAACUCCAACAACAGCAGCACACAGCUGGGCAGUCUGCGGAGACGGUCAAGCUUCGAGAGGAGGCCGGGCACCAGCGACAGAGGGCGGUCACGGUAUAAUGACAUUGAUGAAAUGGAUCUGGAUUUUGAAGACGUGUCUCGUUCGGCUGGAGGUGACGCAGAGGACAUGGAUUUUGAUGAGGUUGACGACAUCGGAGACAGUCAGGAUUCGGAUGAAACACACAACACUCAUGGGUGUCCGAGCCUGGUGAGUGAGGAGGGACUGACCGAGACUUGCAAGCAGCGCCUUGAGGUGGUGAGACUCUUGUGCCUGUGCUGUAACUAUGAAAGCAGCGUGGCGCCCUCUGGUGUACCAUACAAAGCGGAGAUCGAGACCUCCUUCAUCAAGAACAAGCUGGCCGAGCUUCUAGAUGGUGACAUGUUUGAUACAGGGAGGGCUGUGGAUCUGUUGAGUAUGGAUGCCAUGGUGAGAGCCUUGACAACACAGUACCAUAACGUCUCUGAUAGAGAUUUGGAAAAUAUGGUCGAUGCUGUCAGACGCGUGAUCGUCUCACAGCGGCAUGACCAGGAAGUGUGUUGUCUCUGUCUUGACCUCAUCACCCAGCUGGCACCCCAUCUCACUGACCCUGACAACCUGCCCUCCAGGGUGAAGAAGGAUUGCAGGGAGAUAACUCUGAAACUCCUCAGUGCCUUCUGCAAACUGCGCAGUGAGUAUGCAGCAGCAGUCAGACUGUCCAUGGCCAAGUGUAUGCGGGGGUUCAUGCAGUGUGAUCCCACCGAUGAGUGGAGCGUCUUGACGAUGAAGAAGGAUGAAGACGAGGCUGAUGAGAGCAUCUCGACAGAGUUUCACAACUGUCUGCUGGACACAUGCCAUGUGACCUGUUUGUAUGUGGCAGAGGCUCUGCAGAACCUGUUUGUGAUUCCCUCCAAGGAUGGCCUGCAGCCCAAACCUGCUCAGCAGCAGCAUGCAGCCUUCGACCUCCUCUACCAGGACUGUAACGAGCUGAUGAUAUUCAAGGAGAGGAAGUCGGUUGAGCGCCAACAGGAUGAGGUGCAGUGCCGCACCUCGACUCUACUGACCGUGCUGGCCACGGUGGCCUGCAGCAGCCCGGUCAGCGAGAAGAAGUCCAUGUUUGCCCUGUGCCAGCUCAUCAAGGAGAAGGGCAUCGCCGUGGACAAGGUGCUCAAGGUGCUGCGGAAGGUGAGUGUGUUGCUAGGCUACACGGAUGUGACGCAGUACAUCUGUAGCCACCUGCCGUAUCUCCUCAACCAGUGGCUGGAACUGGAGUACCCUCUCUCGGAGUUUCCCUACAGUUUACUGGGUGUAGACAGCUUAGUAACGUUCUUCAGGUCGUAUGGCAAUGUAUUGGUGCCUGGGCUGUUCAUGCACGGCCUGCUAGAGGACAUCCAGGCGUUGGCCUCAGACACUGAGCAGGGCUGGAAGCAGGUCAUCAUCGACAGCAUCCCCAACAUCGUCAUCCACAUCCUGCCGCUCUUUGCAGCCUCCACGUCAGAGGAGGUCGCCAGUGACCGAGAAGUGAAGAAGAGAACCAAUCUAGCUUCGAGGCGUUAUGACAUGUUGGAGAAGGAGGUGACGAGUGAGGUGAUAGACCGAGAGAUUCAUGCUAACCUGGACGUCAUCAUCGUUAACAUCCUCAUGUGUCUACACGGAACUGGAAGUGACGAGGCAGACGGCAGCUGCUGCCCGGACCCCAACCCCCCAAGCUACAACAGCUACAUCAUCAAGUCCACGCUGGACUAUCUCACCAACAGCUUCUCCGGCAGCGCAGCAAGGUCCCUGGUGUCUGUACUGGCUAAAACACAGGACUCUAUCCAAAGAGUGCUCCUGAAGCUGGCUACUAGUCUUUCGACAGAGCAUCGUAUCCAGGAAAAGCGCCGAAUUCUGACAAUGUACCAACUGUUUGUUGAGAUGCUUCUCCCGGAAUUUGCCAGCACCCUUUGCGGCAGCUGGGGCUUCAUUUUGAGGGAUGUCAUCCAUAGGCUUGUGCAUGUGAUCAAGGACAUCAACACGCAACACAGAGACAUCUUUGUGAGUGACCAUGCUUCGAGGCUGUCCAUGAUGGAGACAUGUAUUGGUCUGCUGCAUAGCAUCAGUACAGUGGCCCUAGAGAGUUGUCCAGAGGAGCUGGGCAAGUACCUGGACUGUAUUGUAAGUACGACCCUCCCGUUGAUGAGGCGGCGUGGACCCCUCCAGGACAGCAGCCAGACGCUGCUCAAUUUGCUGAUCAUGGAGAACGCCGGUGCCCUCCGCGGCGCCAUUGGCCAGCUGGACACAUUCCCUGAGGAGUAUGAGUUCAGUAAUUACAGGAAGGUUCACAGAAAGCUCCAGAAACACGCAGGGAGAGGCUCUUUGAUACAGGAGAUGCAACAUACUGUGAAGGUCCUCCAAGAGAAGCAGACAGUCACUGAGGGCUGCACACAAACUCUCCUCUCUCUCAACUCCCUCUUCUGCCAGAGUCGAUCGGAGCUUCGCACUUUAACAACAGAUUCACAGAACUCAACUGAUGGUCCUGUUCUGUGUCAGCUGGUCUGUGAGUUACUCCACUUGACACAGUCACCUUGCCACCAGGUGGCACUGGAAGCUGCAUCCUGUCUUGGAAUCAUUGGACCAAUUGACCUCUACACACUGUCCCUCCCGAAGAAGUGUCCCCAGCCCGGACUACAGGACUCCUUGGAAGCAUACCAGGACAACUCGGAUGGCCAGAAGUACUGCCGGAUCUUCCACUGUCUCAACCAGUAUCUUGUUGAUCCUUGCAUCACGGUAGUGCAGAGGUCUGGCGAGGUCCUCAAGUCCAUGCUGGCCACAAGGCUUGGCGUAGAAUUCAGCAACGACUACAAGGCCAAACUAGCUGACAAAGACUAUCUCUUCAACUAUCUGCAUCCUUUCAAGUGCAAGAAGAAGCCUGUGGCUAGUGAAGCGUCUACAGGGAAUCUGGAGAGGUUCUUCCAGACAGUCAACUCGGAUAGUCUGUGGGUGCCAGAACAUGGAGACCACAGACGCUGGGUGACGGACCUGACAUGUGCACUCCUCAACAGCGGCUCUGUCACCGACGACCUGCUGCGUCUGCUCUCGCCCAUAUGUGAACUCAGGCCCGAGUUCUGUGAGAUGGUGCUGCCGUUCCUUGUCCACAACAUCCUGGUAGCAGGCAUCGACGAUCAUUGGGAGGUGGUGUCAAACAGGAUCUCGGGCUUCUUCCAGACUCACUGUGAGACCGUGUGUGGAGGAGCAGGGAGGGGGGCCUCUUCCGGGGACAGCAAGUCUAUGAGUGAGUCUGGCGUGUGUUGCAACAAGGAGUCAGUACAGACCAUGCUUCACGUGGUGCAGUACCUGCGCCAACAGAAAAGACCAAGGCGAGGGCGGAAGGUCCUGACCCCCUGGGAUGACAACUUCUGGCUGCAGUUGAACUACUUGGAGGUGGCGAGGGCGGCCCUCUACUGCUCCGCUCCGUUCACCGCCAUUCUGUACGCAGAGAUAUGGUCCGACUCAUGCAGUGAGGAUGACAAGGAUUCAUCGUCGGGGAGUCGGUCUCAGCGAUUGUCGCAGCCAGUGAGCCAGGACCAGCGUCUCGACACACUGAGUAGCAUCACAUCCUCCUCCAGUACCCAGCUGAAUGUCCAGGAGCUCUUGCUGGAGGCGUACCAGAUUGUCGGGGACCCUGACGGGGUGUACGGGUGUGGGGCUGGGAGGCUGGCAGACUCCACGUCUAGGAUUAAAACUUACCUUCAUGAGAACAGACUUGAGAAGGCGGUGGUUACCUUUGACAUCGGAAUGAAGAUGGGACAGCCAACAGAGGACAUGGGCCUCUUAAAGACCUUGCAGAGUUUCGGAGCUGACUACCUGCUGGAGCUGUGUCUGACGGGGAAGGUGGGUGAGACGGGGCUCUCCCCCGCCCUGCAGGAGGUGCAGUAUGAGGCGGCAUGGAGGGCGGGGCAGUGGAACCUUGAUGUGCCAGCCAGGGUUGGUGCUGAGACAGGGUUCCAUCAGAAACUCUACUGUGCCAUGGAUGCUCUCAAGGACGAUCAGCUGAAACUGGCUCAGGCCUCGAUACACAGUGCAAGACAGAGCACCCUGCAGGUUAUCGACACUCACCUGGAGAGUUGCCGUAGCGUGUAUCCAGUGCUCAGCAGGCUUCACAGCCUCUUCCAUCUUCAGCAGAUGGUGGACGCUGUUGUCAGCCCCGACCCUGAUGUACUGACGACACUACUGGAGAAACUGACAGAGGAACAAGAACCGGUGAAUGAGUUCGAGUUUCUGCAGCCAGUGUGGGACGUGAAGUGUGCUGCUCUUAAGAUCCUGGCCAGGAAAUACCAGCAGAGAGAUAAUGGAGUGUCUGUGUCAAGUGUCCUGUGUCAGCAGCUGCAGAACAUGGCCAAGUUUGCAAGGAGGGAGGGCAGGUACCAGGUUGCAGAACGAAUCAUUGCCGAGUUGCGACAACAGGAGAAUGAGGACAGGGGAUUCAAGUUGCAGCUGGAGAUCGAGGAGGCCAGACUCUACUGGGCCCGCGACGAGCAGAACACUGCCAAACACCUCAUGAAAAGUCUCAUUGGAAAACUGGAGAAGAUCCAAGAUGAGUGCUUUGAAGCAGUGAGAUUGCUUCCUCAAGCCCUGGGCACGUAUGGCAACUGGCUGGCGGAGACCCGUACCGAGAACCCGAGUGUCAUCCUAGAGAACUACCUGGAGAAGACGGUGGAGCUACUGGAGAGCUCGUCGGACGGGGACAUGAUGGAGGCGUACCUGUCCCUUGCACAGUUUGUGGACACCCAGUACCAGAACAUCGUCAACUACAUGAAGUCCUCCACGUUCGAGGCCAAGCAGGCGCUCAUGAAGAAGGCCAAGAUGGACUACGAGGCUUACAAGUACCACCUGUCUGACAAGGAUCGUUACCUGCGUGCCCUGGACAAGCAGGGGGAGAUUGACGAGCGGGAGGUGGUGGCCCUGGAGGAUGACAGACACAAGUUCCUCCUGAAAGCGGUGGAGAACUACAUCAAGUGUCUCAAGGCAGGGGACAAGCAUGACCUGCGGACGUAUCGCCUCACUUCCCUCUGGUUCGACAACGCUGCUUCAGAGGAGGUUAACCAGCUUCUAAAUAGCAACAUCGACGCCAUCAAGUCGUACAAGUUUCUGCCCCUGAUGUACCAACUGGCCGCCAGGAUGAGUGUAAAGGAGACUCACUGUUCCCUCUUCCAGCCCACGCUCGCCAAGAUCCUGGAGACUGCCGCUGUGGACCACCCACACCAUGCGGUGUCCGUGAUCAUGGCCCUGGCCCACGCCAACAAGGACAUGGAGCUGCUCACACAGGCCCGGGCAGGACGAAGCAGGGCGGGACAACUCGGCAGGACCGUGUCUGACGCACAGCAGCUGGAGGAGGACCGUGUACAGGCUGCCAAGAACAUGAUCGACACCCUGAAGGAGAACGGGAAAGUGUCACAGAUAGUGCGCCACAUGGAGGUGUUGUCGGUAGCCUACAUCGAGCUGGCCAACACCAACGUGGAAAAGUAUAAGACAGAGAAAAAGCCCAUACCUCUCCCCUCCUCCCUGAUGUUGGCGAAGAUGAAGAGCCUCUAUGAUGUUGCUCUACCUACACUGGAGGCCAAGGUUGACCCAGCUGGGGAAUACAGAGACAUCGUGAGUGUGGGAGGGUUCGGCAACACCUUCCGACUGGCUGGAGGGAUUAACCUGCCCAAGAUCAUUACCAUCAUUGGCUCGGACGGCAUAGAGCGACGGCAGCUCGUCAAGGGCCGCGACGACCUGCGUCAGGAUGCAGUAAUGCAGCAGGUGUUCGGGAUGGUCAACAGCCUCCUCAAGAAGAACCCUGAGACCAAGAAGCGUUGCCUCAGAAUCAGGAUGUACAAGGUUGUGCCCCUGUCCCAGCGGAGUGGCGUUCUGGAGUGGUGUGAGGGGACCCAGCCACUGGGGGAGUAUCUCAUCGGUUCCAAAGGGGCCCAUCCCAAGUACCGACCCCACGACAUCACAGCCCUCGAUUGCCGGAAGCUACUCUCUGGAGUGCGUGACCCAGCAGAUGUCCGGAACAAGCUGAAGGCCUACAGGGAGGUGUGUCAGAAGUUCAAGCCAGUGUUCCGCCACUUCUUCAUGGAGAACUUCUCAGACCCUGCCACAUGGUUUGAGAAGAGGCUGGCUUAUACCAGGAGCGUGGCCACCAACUCCAUAGUGGGCUACAUUCUCGGUUUGGGCGACCGUCACGUCAUGAACAUCCUCAUUGACUGUAACUCCGCAGAACUCAUCCAUAUUGACCUUGGGAUUGCAUUUGAGCAGGGUAAGAUACUGCCCACCCCUGAGACAGUCCCAUUCCGCCUGACCAGGGACAUCGUGGACGGCAUGGGCAUCACUGGCGUGGAGGGCAUCUUCAGAAGAUGUUGCGAGAAGAUGAUGGAGGUGAUGCACACCAACCAGGAGUCGCUGUUGAUGAUCCUGCAGGUGCUGUUGUACGACCCCCUGUACGCCUGGUCCUUGUCUCCCCAGCAGGCCCUCAACAUACAGAACCGGAGGGGUGCUGGAGACAUGGACAGCACUGACCUCAACUCCACCGCAGCCAACAUGGCCGCCACUGACAUGGGACAUCAGUCCGAGAGAUCAGUUGAAAGUCAGGAGCAGGUGAACAAGAUGGCUGAGCGAGUGUUGCUACGGUUACAGCAGAAGCUGCAGGGUAUUGAAGACGGCAUCCAGCUGAGUGUGUCGGGCCAGGUGAACAACCUCAUUCAGGAAGCACGGGACCCAAACAAUCUGUGCAGGCUCUUCCCGGGGUGGCAGCCGUAUCUGUAGAUACAAUUCGGGAAUACUCGGAAGCAUGUCAGCAGUUCCUGGUGUGACAGCUUGCAGUGGAAACAGACUCAAACUGUCCACAGCGAUUUUGGCCCAAAGAUGAUCAUACUCCAUACAGUAACAUAGGCCUAUGGUAGUUGUUGCAUCCAGAUGGAUUCGUCAAAUGGGGCCCCUGCCUGUGGUUACUUGAGGAAGUGGAAGUUUCGGUUUACACAAGGAGAGCGACAAACAAUCUGUGUAGACUCUGGGUGUUCAAACUAGGAAUGUACAGACUUCAGAAGUAGUUGAAUAUUUGCAGAUUUAUCUUUGCCAAAGAUUUAUCGUGCCAGGCCAAGAUUUGGUCUCAUGACCCAAUAUUGAAAUUGAAAGUUUCAUACUGCAAGUAAUGAUGUUGUUGUUGUUUUGACUUGUGUUUCACUGAUGAAAAGGACCAAUAAAAAGGAAACAUCUGACCAUAUGAAAAUAAGGGCUUUAAGAAUUUCCGAUUUUUUUAUGAAGUGAUAUUUUUUUCUUGAUUAGCCUGCCACAGAUAAAAUGCAUGGCUUUGAAGACUUCACUGUAGUGUAUUAGGCAAAUGAAGAGACUCUCUGCCAAUUGGUUUGUUCUUUGCAUGGAAGAAGUGUGUUUUUUAGCAUAACACUAUUAGGUUAAGUAACUCAGAAAUACUAAUCCUUGAACAAUGGAACAUUGUCCUUGAAUCUUGAAGUAUUUAAGUCUAUAAGUACUUAAAGAGUACUGUUAUUCUUUUCCAAAGACGUACAUGAUUCUCUCCACCAAUCCAAAGACUUGGGAUCCAAACUAUCUGCCUUAGUUUCCUUGGUAUGUUUGACUUAGUAAUCCUUAUAUAUAAAGGGAGACAAGUAUUGUAUAUAAAGGGAGAUAAGCAGGGUGUGUGCAGUUAGAUACAUAGGGUGUGUACAGGGAGGUAUUGUGUGUUUUAACAAGGGAGACAAGUAUUUUGUGGUAAGGGGAGAUAAGUAUGGCGUGUAAAUGUGAUACUAAGUAAUCACAGAGUAAGCAUUUAUGUGGUGUCUUUUAUAUAAUGCAUCUGUGACUAUACUUGUGAUAUCAAUCAUUGAUUUUAACGGACCCGUGAAAAUCCGGAGUAGAAUAGGUUUUCAGCAACCCAUGCUUGCCGUAAAAUGCGACUGGCGGGAUCAUGUGUUCAAACUCGCUGACUUG